GACGUAUCAACAAAUCAAGGUUAUAUGAGUAUUACUCGUACUGCAUGAUAAUAUAUACCUGAGAUUGUUUUGUGCCAUAACUUGAGAGGGAAAGGGCAGAAAUAUGAGUGGGACUUUGUCGGAUUUAAACGCCAAACAGGCAGAUGCUCUCAAAGCAAUUAGAACCAACCUUGAUGAUGUAUUACAAGAAAAGCAUGAUGACCAUUGCCUGUUGAGAUUCUUAAGAGCAUGCCGUUUCAACGUGAAGAAAGCAGAGGAGAAAUUCCGUCGGGAUCUGGAUUGGCGAAUAAAGAACAAUAUCGACAGCAUACACGACUGGUAUGAGAUACCAGAGCCUUGCUUGAAGUAUUGGCCAGGAGGAGCGACGGGAUUAGACAAGGAUGGUCACGUGGUAUGGAUAGCUCCUCUUGGUAACGUAGAUCCUAAAGGUAUGCUGUACUCAGUAAAGGCUGGAGACAUCGUGAAAACAAAUAUCAGCAUCUUGGAAAGACUUGUAAAUGAACAGAAGAUCAUCUCUAAGAAGCUUGGUCGUCACAUUGAGGGCAUCACAUUCAUCGUCGAUCUUGAACACCUAGGCGCAGGUCACAUAUGGAAACCAGGCAUGAAAGUCAUGACUGAGAUCGCUUCGUUGUUCGAAGAGCAUUAUCCCGAAAUCAUCCAUCGUAUGUACAUCGUGCGACCUACCAAGAUCUUUCCUGCCGUCUACUUCCUCCUCAAACCAUUCCUCGAUGAGGGCACCAGAUCCAAGAUGCAUGCACUGGGCGGUAACUGGCGUGACGUUCUUCUGAAGCACAUAGAUGCUGAAGUCCUUCCGGUUCAUUGGGGAGGAACCAUGACAGACACUGAUGGCAACCCUAACAUGUGCCCUAGCAAGAUUAACCUAGGAGGGAAAGUUCCGUCGUUUUAUUACAAGAAGGGAAGUGACCUCACACAUGCUGACAUGACAUCUCAACAACUUCCGGGUAAGAGGUCGAUUGAGAUCAAGUACAAAGUCAAGACACUCGGUAGCAUAUUCAGGUAGGUUGCGUUUUAUUCUGAAGAAGGAAAACUGUUUAAAUGGUAAUGCACACCCAAAGUGCUUUACCCCCCCCCUCUCUCUCUCUCUCUCUCACACUCU